AUGCCAGUCGAUCAAGUCUACAACAAGAAAGGUAGACCCAUCAGCGAGGGUGACCGUGUCAGGACCGCCUAUCGUGACGAUUCCCAUGAGCGUCGAGUAUAUGCAGCAGAUCGUUAUAAACGAAGAGAAUGCUCGGGUAGCGAGGGUCGUCAAUCCUCCGAAGGCGAGUGGCCCCUAACCGGCCACAACACUAUGCUUGUGGAACUCGAGAAUAACGUCCAGGAGGGCCAGCAGAUCAUCUACAUUGACUAA